AUGUUCCUCAGUUUAACAGGAGUCUUUAUCAUUUCCUUAUGUUUCAGUUUUCUUCGGAUCUUUCAGAUUGUGUCGUCCGGGGAAGCUAUUAGGGAAGCUUUUCUUCCUGUUAUAUUUAUAUUUGCUAAUAUCAUGUAUUUGUUCAUAUGUAACUUUUUUGGACAAAGUAUCAUAGAUCAUAAUAGUCAAGUUUUCAUUACCGCAUACAGCGUUCAAUGGUAUGUAGCGCCUUUGCACAUCCAAAGAAUGAUACUCUUCUUAUUACUAAAAGGCGCCAAAGAUUUUACUAUAAUUGUUGGUGGAAUAUUGGUUUCAUCCAUCGAAUGUUUUGCUACGCUCAUAAAGGCCUCGGUAUCUUAUUUUACUGUCAUAUAUUCUACACAGUGA